AUGUUUCAAGGCUCCGGGGAGAUCAUUGUGGACAUCCGGCUCAAGCGCAAGGACAGAACCUACAGGCCCACUGACAUCUUGGAAGGCACCCUCGUGGUGAACACUCCAGAAGCAUGGGACUGCAAGUCCGUCAAUAUCAGCAUGCAAGGCAACGUCUGCCUGUUCGAUAGCGCAGAGCGUAGGAGCCUGUUCAGCGAUGGCCCCAAGCCCCUCGCGCUGCUGCACGAGACCAUCAACAUUAUGGGAGCCGGCCGUUUCCCCGAGGGACAGACGGAAAUACCUUUCGAAGCGGAGGUCAGGGGCAUCGAUGGCAUGCCACUGCUAAACAGCUAUUCCGGAGUGUACCUGUCGAUCGGGUAUCACAUCAGCGCAAAGAUCGAGCGCGGGAUGAUGCGCAACGACCUCUCCAAGAAGAUCGAGUUUAUGGUGGAGGUCCCCGGAGAGGCAGCGAGCCCAGCAACGGAAGUACCUUUCGAGAUCACCCCGGAGACGCUAGAGUACGCACCCAAGCGUUACGGCCGACAGCGGCGAUUACGGCCCUUUCGAGUGUCGGGAAGGCUGUAUAGCGCCACCGUAUCCACGAGCCAGCCGCUGACAGGGGAGGUGGUUGUCGAGGAGUCGGAGCGCCCGAUCAAGUCGUUGGAGGUGCAGCUAGUGAGAGUCGAAACGGUGUCCCAGGCGCAAGGCCAGCUGCGGGAGGCGACGGAGAUUCAGAACCUCCAGAUAGGGGAGGGAGACGUGUGCCGGGGCCUGGUGAUCCCGAUCUACAUGGUGCUGCCGCGGCUGUUUUCGUGCCCCACGAUGGUGACUCCGCGGUUCCGUGUGGAGUUCGAGCUGAACGUGAUCGUCUGCUUUGCGGAGGCGGAGGGUUACACGGCCACGCAGAAUUUCCAGAUACUGUUGGUUUGAAAGUGAGAAUGACGGAAAGAGUGUGAGGGUGAUACGGCCAUGAAGAAUUUCCAGAUGCUCUUGGUGUAUGAGAAAAGUGCGAGGGUGAUACGGCCACGCAGAAUUUCCAGAUAC